GUCUUAGUUGUCUUCCCUCCCAUCAGAGGACAACGGCACCUUUGAGUUUGGCAGAAGCGUGAAGAUGUCUGUUAAAUCAGACCAUAGCAAGGAUGAGGAGGGGAAUCAUGGGCCGGAGGUCACGGUUAUGGAGACGAACCGCUUCGGCUUCAUUCUAGGGAAUGGAGAAACUGACAGUGAUGGUCCAUGUCCUGAGUUAGUGAGACAUCGAGAGUCCAAGUGGCUCAACCUCAUGACUCAAUGGGAGCAAGUGAUGGAGAAAAAGAGCAACAAGGUCAAAGGUCAGUGUCAGAAGGGCAUCCCAGCAUCCGUCAGGGCAAAGGGCUGGCCACUGCUCUGUGGAGCUAAGGAUAGAAAAGAAAAAAGUCAAGAACUCUAUAAACGUCUAGUUGAAGCUCCAGAUCAUCAGGGAUGGACCGAUAUCAUCAAAAGAGACACAGACAGACAAUUUCCCUUCCACGAGAUGUUCCAGUCCAAAGACGGUCAUGGUCAGAAGGACUUGCUGGAGGUCCUGAAAGCGUACACUCAGUAUCGUCCAGACGAGGGCUACUGUCAGGCGCAGGGUCCAGUGGCAGCUGUCCUUCUGAUGAACAUGCCUGCCGAGGAGGUGUUCUGGUGUCUGGCGCAAAUUAGUGAGCUCUACCUCCCUGGAUACUACAGCCCUCUGCUGGAAGGUGUUUUAUUCGAUGCUGCUGUUCUCUCAAGCGUGUUAAAAAAACAGUGUCCUGCCGCACACAAACACCUACAGAAUCAGGGUGUGGAGCCUCUCAUGUUUGCCACUGAUUGGCUGAUGUGUCUGUACAGCCGUCACCUGCCCUUCGACACUCUGCUCAGAGUCUGGGAUCUCUUUUUCUGCUGUGGUGUGCGUGUUUUGUUUCAGGUCGCUGUGGUGCUGGUGCGCCGCUGUCUGGGAGAAGGACGGCUGCGAAAAGAGUGUGACGGACAGAUGGAAACCCUGGAAAGACUGCGAGGUGUUAAACAGCGUGUUCAACAUGAGCAGGCUGAUGCCUUUAUCCAUGAGGUAUGUUCGGUGUCCCUGUCCUGGGCGGACCUGCAAAAACAAACUGAGAAAGAGCUGGAGAAAUGGAAAAAAGAGAGACCAAACUCGACCUUUGACCCGCGAGGGCGCUGUCACGGAUACCGAAUGGCAUGGGAGAGAGCGCAGGACAAACAAAAGGAACAUGAAAAGAAGGAGCGACCGAAGGGAAGCCUGACUCUUCCUCUCAUGCGCUCACAUUCUUCUCUUUCUCCUUCAGUUCUGCGCAAGAAAUGGAGAAAGAGGAGCAGCAAGACUGACACAGAGGAGUGGGACGGAGGGGGUAGAAAAUUCUCACAAAGUGUGAUGGAGGAAAGUGACGACGAGGAGGUGAGAAGGAGGAGUGUGUGUGGUAUCGUUGGGGAGCAAAGGGCCAAAAGGGACAGGCUAGCGGACGAACUCUGCACACACAAAGAUCACAGCACACAUCCCAACAUCUCAGUGGUGGUGUCCUCCACUAUUGACUGUGAUGUCUUUGAGAAAGAGCAUACAGAAACAUCUUUGAACCAACAGAAAGUUCAUUCAGAAACAACACGAGGUGAAGAGAAAGACAGGACCGCUGGGUGUGAGGUUGAGGAAAGCAUACAGACACAUCAUCACAUACAGGACACAAAUCAAGAUGCACAGAGUACAGAAAUGCAAGGACAUCAGGUUGAACAGAAUAUAGAAAAAGACAAAACUCAAGAUGAUCAGAACACAGAAGCACCAACAAAUCAAAAUGAACAGAAUACAGACAAACAGACGUGUCAAGAUGAAAAGACUCUGGAGACUGAGAGAAAUUUAGAGGCAUGUGGGGAAAGUACAUCACAGGAAGAAGACAUACAGACUGACUCCAGUAAACAGGAAGAGGAAAUACAACCAGACAGCAACAUCCAGGAAGAAGAAAUACGAACAGAAUAUUGCAAACAAGAAGAAGAAACUGAAGAAAAUAGGUUGCCAAACAUCAUAGUGACUGAAGAAAAUGAGGAAAAUAUCCCAGAGAAAGAGAUACAGAUACAUGUUGUCCAGGAGGAAGAGAGGUCUCAAACAUCUAGAGAUCAACAUGAAGAACAUGAACAUUUGGAAAGGCCAAAAGACAGUUUGUUCAUACACACAGCUAUAGAAGAAGAUGAGGAGACUCAGCCUACUGGUGAAAACCGUACUGAUGCAGACAAGGAGGAAGGGAUUCAGCAAGAGUUUGAUGUUCUCCCUGAGGAGACCACAGAGAUAUCAGACCCUUUAAAGAUGUAUGAGGAAAAAGAUGACAAGAGAUUGGAGGAAGACAGACAAGAUAUAAGCUUAGAAGAGAGUGACAGUCACUCUCAUAGUGCUUGUAAAGAAACAGUGCAACCAUCUGAAGCAGCGCUAACGUCAUCCUCUUUAAAAACUGAACAAGAAAGUGAAAGAGAGCAUCUGGACGGAUCAGCAGAUGCACUACAGCAAUCCCAAUCAGGCGAAGAAGAGCACAAUGACAUGGAUGCUACUGUUACUUCCAAAGAGUUGGAGCAUUGUCCAACAGAUCCCACUGUGGAGGAUGCAGUAGGAUCUGGCAACCCAGAGCAAAGUGAAGUGGAUUCUGCUGAUGGCACCAUCAUCCUUGAACCUCAGGAUGCAACAGUAGCAUCUACACACGCUGUUGGCACAUGUGGUAAUAAAGAAAUCAGUGAGAUCAAUCCCAAAAAUAGUGACGUAAAUGAAUCACCUGAAACUGAAAAUAUAGCAUGUUGUGAAGCCAAUUCUGAUGAAUCAAGCAAACUCACAAACAAUGUAGAGGAUGAUAUUUGUAGAUCUGUCUAUGCGGAAAGCAACGAAAUACAUGCUGCUCCUGGAUCAGGAAAACCUGAACGCAACACAAUAGACAUCACUGCCGAAUCUGGCAAACUAGAAAGCAAUGGAAAGGAAAUUGCUGCUGGAUCUGGCAACCCAGAGAGCAACAGUGUGCCUGUUACAAGCGAAUCUGGCAACCCAGAGAACAGCACUGUGCUUGUUAUAAGUGAAUCUGGCAACCCAGAGAACAACACUGUGCCUGUUACAAGUGAAUCUGGCAACCCAGAGAGCAACAAUGUGCCUGUUACAAGUGAAUCUGGCAACCCAGAGAAUUCUGCUGUUGGCAACCUUGACAACAAUGAUGUGCAUGUUACACCGGGAUCUGGCAACCCUGAAUGCAAAAUGACAGAUGUUACCACUGACACUGAAAAACCAGAAAGCGAUGGCAUGGAAGUUGCUGUUGGAUCUGACAAUUUAGAGAGCAAUAUAGUUGGUUCUCCUGUUGAAAACCCAGAAUGUAAUGAUGUGCAAGUUACAACUGGAUCUGGCAACACAGAGAGUAAUAUAGUGGAUUCUGCUGUUGGAUCUGGCAACCCGGAUCACAAAGAAGUGCAUGUCACAAAUGAAUCAGACAACUCAAAGACCAGCAGAGAGCAUGUGACCACUGGAUCUAGCAACCCAGAACACAAUGUGCCUUCUACAGGUGAAUCUGGCAACCCUGAGAACAAUAUAGUGGAUUCUGCUGUUGGAUCUGGCAACCCAGAUUACAAAGAUGAUCAUGUCACAACCAGAUCUGACAACUCAAAAACCAGCAGAGAGCAUGUAACUGCUGGAACUGGCAACCCUCAUAACAGUGAAUGUGCAAUACCAGGAGACAGCCAAGGGUUAGAGUCACACUCUUCAAUUCAAUCUUCAAAAUCCCCAAACGUCCCACCAGCUCACCUCUGCGUGCGCAGGACUUCCAGCUCGCGGGUUUCCUAUCCCACAAUCCUCUCUGAGGACACCUUCAAAGAGCCACAGCAGCAAGAACACACACAUUCAGAACAGACAACAGACACACCAACACAAGACACACACGCUCAGUCCAACUCACUGACAAAGGCAGGCACCCCAAAACGUCUGGGUCUGUUUCGCCGUCUCCGAGGGGAGACCAAUAAAGCCCCCGUCCCCAAAAUCCUCAUCCAGGACUUUAGCAAUAAAGAGGAGGGGCUGACGGCGAAAGAGAGGAGGAGGAGAAAGAGAGAGAAAGAGCAAAUAGACAGAGAAGAGAAAGACAGAAAGAAACAAGAGAAGGAAAUGGAAAAGGACAAAGACAAAGAAAGGAAAAAGCCUCAGACAAGAGGAAGGAGCUUCCAGGUGCUCAGCAGCAAGGGUGCUGAUAAUGUCGUGUCCCCUGGGAACAGUAAUUUUCAUUCAUCUCACGCCAGGAGAAACUCUGCCCCUUUUUCUGACGGAUAUUUUUAAAUAAUCAGAGACUCGA